AUGGUCCUAGGUACUCUCAAUGGUCGCACUGUUAAGUUUCUGGUUGACACUGGUGCCGCCUCAGCGGCGGAAGCAUCCAGAACCCUCACCACAGCGGCAACUGCUCUGGCCGGUCGUGACGUGUUGUCACACAUCCCCUGUACCAUCCAGUCUGAUGGUGCAGGCCUCCGCUUUUCCGCUGCUGAGUCUUCUGUGUCCACAGUUGACCCCACUCGUAUUGCCCUCCGCUUGUCCGGGCGCGCUACGGUGCCCCCACACCAUGAGGUGUUCGCCUGGGCUGUUCUUGAUGAUCCCACGGAGGAUGAUUCGCCGCUCCUGCUGGAGCCUGACCGCCCACUUGCUGAAGAGCAUAGUGUAUUUGUCGCUCGUGCUUUCGUCAAUCCAUCUCAGGGCAAAGUGCCUGUUCGCCUGCUCAAUUGUAGCGACCAUCCGAUUACACUUCGCCAAUCCCAGCACGUGGGUGCUGCCUAUGCCAUUAACGCUGUACAUACCGCUGAGAAUGAUGAGUUGACCCAUGACUUAUGGGAUGAUCCGCCACCACAUGCCCAGCUCUGGGAUGCGCUCCGCGUUGACCAUUCCGCCCUCUCUGCUGAUGAGCUCGCUGAGCUUCUUAAGUUACUUUCCCAGUAUCGUGACGUCUUUGCCCUUAGCUCUCAGGAGCUCGGCCGUACUCGCCUCAUGAGUCACUCAAUCGACACUGGGACGACCCAUCCCGUUUCCCUGCCUGCCCGCAGGCUGCCUUGGGCGUCACGCGAGACGGCGCGCCGUAUUGUGUCGGACAUGCUUGACCAAGGGGUCAUUGAGGAGUCCACCAGUCAUUGGUCAGCUCCAAUAGUCCUGGUUGCCAAGAAGGACGGUUCGAUGCGCUUUUGCGUCGACUAUCGCCGGCUGAACGAUGUCACGGUCAAGGAUCCGUACCCAUUGCCCCGGGUCGAUGAUACGUUGGAUGCUCUAGGUGGGGCCCCGUACUUCUCCACGCUUGACCUUUGCUCUGGCUACCAUCAGUUGCCCAUGAACGCCGCUGACCGCGAGAAAACUGCUUUCUCCACGCCUGACGGUCACUAUCACUUGAUCGGAGCUUGA